AUGGCGUCUAUCACUCGUGCGUUGCGGCCUUUGUCCCGCACUACUCCCUCCGUUCGCCUUGCCACAAGACGGCCUUUGCCAUCCCGGCUACCCCGGAGCGCCGCACCCGCAUUCUCGACGACCUCCCACCAGCGUGAUAUCGACCUGUCCCAACUCACCCCGACCCCAAUCACGCUCAUGUCCGAGACCGAGACGUUCCUAGCGGAGUCCGUCUCCAAGUUUGCUCAGGAGCAAAUUGCCCCCAAGGUCCGCGACAUGGAUGAGGCGGAGACCAUGGAUCACUCCAUUGUGGACCAACUGUUCGAGCAAGGUCUGAUGGGCAUUGAGCUCCCGGAGGAAUACGGCGGUGCCGGAAUGAACUUUACGUCUGCGAUUGUGGCCAUCGAAGAACUGGCCCGGGUGGACCCCAGUGUCAGCGUGAUGGUUGACGUGCACAAUACGCUCGUGAACACGGCCAUCUUGAAAUAUGGCGAUGCUCAAGCGCGACGGACCUGGCUGCCCAAGCUGACUACGGGAACCGUUGGAUCGUUCUGCUUGUCCGAGCCGGCGUCUGGGUCGGAUGCUUUUGCGUUGAAGACCAAGGCUGAAAAGACCGCCGACGGGUACAAGUUGAACGGAUCCAAGAUGUGGAUCACCAACGCCAUGGAAUCCGGCAUCUUCAUUGUCUUUGCGAACCUCAAUCCCAGCGCGGGAUACAAGGGCAUCACUGCCUUCAUCAUUGAGAAGGGUACCCCUGGCUUCUCCAUUGCCAAGAAGGAGAAGAAGCUGGGCAUCCGGGCGAGUAGCACGUGCGUGCUGAACUUCGAUGACGUCGAGAUCCCCAAGUGCAACCUGUUGGGUGAGGAAGGCCAGGGUUAUAAGUAUGCCAUCAGCGUGUUGAAUGAGGGGCGUAUUGGUAUUGCUGCUCAGAUGACCGGUCUGGCCCUGGGCGCAUGGGAGAACGCUGCCAGAUACGUCUGGAACGACCGUCGCCAAUUCGGCCAGCUGAUCGGAAAUUUCCAAGGCAUGCAGCAUCAAAUUGCCCAGGCCUACACCGAAAUUGCCGCCGCGCGGGCUCUCGUCUACAAUGCGGCUCGCAAGAAAGAAGCCGGCCAGGAUUUCGUCCAGGACGCCGCUAUGGCCAAGCUUUAUGCCUCACAGGUGGCGGGCCGCGUGUCUGGCUCCGCAGUGGAGUGGAUGGGCGGCAUGGGUUUCGUGCGUGAAGGCAUCGCCGAGAAGAUGUUCCGCGACAGCAAGAUUGGCGCCAUCUACGAAGGAACGAGCAAUAUCCAACUGCAGACCAUCGCUAAGCUUCUGCAGAAAGAGUACACCCGGUGA